AUGUCAGCGAUUUCCGACAGUGAUACCGAAACCGAGGUAGUCUCUCGAAACUUAUGCGGUGUGGUGGAUAUCGGAUCCAAUGGUAUAAGAUUCACUAUAUCUUCCAAGGCGAAGCAUCAUGCUAGGAUUAUGCCGUGUGUAUUCAAGGACAGAGUCGGUGUGUCUUUGUUCGAAGUCCAGUAUGCAGCAAACUCAUUAGAAAAGGCACCAAUACCCUCCGAUACCAUCAAAGAGAUCUGUUCAGCAAUGAAACGUUUCAAGCUUAUAUGUGAGGAUUUCGGUGUUCCUGAGUCUAGCGUCAGGGUAGUAGCAACGGAAGCUACUAGAGAAGCUUUAAAUUCCCAGACUUUCGUGGAUGCAAUCUAUGACUCAACUGGUUGGAAAGCGGAAUUGUUGACCAGGCAAGAUGAAGGUAAGAUCGGUGCUUAUGGUGUCAUCUCCUCCUUCAACACCGUCAGUGGGUUAUACAUGGAUAUGGGAGGUGGAAGUACACAGAUUUCUUGGAUUAAAAGUAUCAAUGGCGAGAUAAGACAAUCUUCAACUCCUGUUUCACUGCCUUACGGUGCUGGUGCACUUUCUCGUAGGUUAAAAUUGGAAGAUAAGAGAGCUCUAUUCCUAGAGAUCAAGAAAGCAUACAGUGGAGCAAUUGAAGAGAUCGGCAUUCCUCAGGAUAUGGUAGACGAGGCGAGGGAAAAGGGAGGUUUUGACUUGUUUACCACUGGUGGUGGUCUGAGAGGUAUGGGACAUUUGCUCCUCUCACAAUCGAAAGAUUAUCCCAUUCAAACGAUUAUCAAUGGUUUCUCCUGCUCAUACGAGGAGCUUUCGGCGAUGUGUGACUAUUUGUUUUUAAAAGCCAAAGUACCGGGUUCUAAAGAUUCAAAGAUUUUUAAAGUCUCCGAUAGGAGAGCCUCUCAACUUCCAGCGGUAGGUCUUUUGAUGAGCGCAGCAUUUGACUCUCUUCCGCAGAUCAAAACAGUUCAUUUCAGUGAGGGCGGUGUUAGGGAAGGUACUCUUUACUCCAUUCUUCCCAGGGAAAUACGUGCGCAGGAUCCUCUUACCAUAGCAACAAGGCCGUACGCUCCGCUACUAGCCGAUAAGUACUUGGAACUGCUUAAAAGUGCUGUGCCGGAGGAACUGUUCAGCGACAUCACUUAUAGACGAAUUGCUCCCGCCUUGUGUAACCUUGCAUUCGUUCACGCUUCAUACCCCAAGGAACUCCAACCAACUGCUGCACUGCAUGUCGCAACUUCUGGUAUCAUAGCCGGUUGCCACGGCUUAUCCCACAGGGCCCGUGCUCUGAUAGGGAUUGCUUUAUGCAAUAGAUGGGGUGGUGAACUACCGGACGUUGAAGAAGACUACAUGAGAUCGCUUGAAGAUAUCGUGCUUCGAGACGGCAACAAGUUCGAAAGAAGAAAGAUAAUAUGGUGGACCAAGUACAUCGGAACCAUCAUGUUCGUUAUUUGUGGUGUCCACCCUGGCGGGAACAUCAGAGAUGGUGUUUUCAAUUUCAACAUUCUGCAAAAAGAUGUGCCCGCAAACGACGUCAAAAACCUCACGAUAGAUGAAGCACUUACGGUUCCUCAAAGUGACAACUCACCAACAGUCAACGGUCGCGGAAGGCGUGAGUUUGAUGUUGUGGUUAGAAUCGGUAAGGACGACUUAAAGACCAGUGCCUCUGUGCGUUCCAGAAUCAUAACUCUUCAGAAGAAAAUCAGGAAAUUAUCCCGUGGCAGCUCGGAGAAGGUCAGGGUCAGUGUAGAGUUUUACGACGAGCAUUAG